AUGGGCUUAAAGGACCAAUGGGAGAAGACAAAAGCCGAGGUACAGACAAAGGGUUUCUGGAAGGGUGUAAGAUGUGAGCUUCUUGGAACUCUUUUGUACGUUGUGUUUGGUUGUGGGGCCGCCAUUCUCCGGAAUCACCCUAUCGAAGCUGACUACUACUAUUCGUACGAAACUAAGACUGCUGUUUCUUUCGGACUGUCCGAAUCUGUUCUUGUCCAGUCCUUUGGCCACGGGAGUGGCGGUCAUUUUAAUCCCUCUAUCACAAUCGCCAUGCUGUGUGCACGCUACAUAACCAUCGUUAAGGCCUUGACCUAUCUGCUGGUCCAGAUGAUCGGGGCAUCGGCAGGGGCAGGAAUCUUGUACGGACUGACCCCGGCCAUGUACCAAGGGACCCUCGGGGUGACAGUGCCACACAGAGACGUCGACAAGGGUCAGGCCUUCGGGUUCGAAUUUCUCGCUACCUUUGUCGUGGUGUUUUGUUAUUUUUCUACACUGGAACUUAAAAAGGAUGUACUUGUGCCGAAGGCGCUCACGUGCGGACUAGCGGUGUGCCUUUCUCAGAUAUUUGCAAUAAGAUAUACAGGGGCUAGCAUCAAUCCCGCUCGGUCACUGGGUCCCGCCCUCAUCAUGAACAUUUGGACGGACCACUGGGUUUAUUGGGUGGGCCCGAUACUUGGCGGAAUGCUCGGAGGAUUUACUUUCGAAUAUACCAAAGAUUCGUCCAAACAAUUCGUAAACUUUAAAUUUUCGUUGAGACAGAAAGUAUACAGCCUACAGCGAAAGGAGGAAUGUGCCAGUACAAACUCCAUAGCAACGGAACUGGCAUAUGAUCCUGACACGACAACGGAGGAACUACAAAUAUGACGUCAUUUCCGCAACAAUACAACUUUUAUUGGUCAAUAACCUCAUUAGAAUCAAUGGGCACUGACCGUUUAUCAUGUGUUGACAUUGAAUUGUGAAUAUAGAGUUUACUACAAGACUUCGCCAUUUCUGACGACUAGCAAUGAAUUCAUGACUCUUUGAAUAUUGGUUUCAUGCAAUGACGAUUUCUGAACGUUUUCGUCCGAUUAUGGAGCGUCAUUUGUAAAGUAAACUCGCUGCAGUUAAAAACUCCCACAAAUAAUGACUUUAUGACGCAACUAGA